AUGCACAGCCCAGCUCUGGCUCUGCGGGCCCUGCGCAGAGGGCAGCUCAGCCUUCCUGGGAUGGGACUGAAGCCAGAAUACAGUUUUAAUUUUGAGGGGAGCCAGUGUGGAGGGACUCUGUGGGCACUGAGGGAUGCCCCUGCUCACCUGGCCGACAGCAUCCACAAGAAGAAGCACACGCGCCCAACCUUCACAGGGCACCAGAUCUUCGCUCUGGAGAAGACUUUUGAGCAGACCAAGUACCUGGCGGGUCCAGAGAGAGCACGGCUGGCCUAUUCCCUUGGCAUGACUGAGUCUCAGGUGAAGGUCUGGUUCCAGAACCGACGGACCAAAUGGAGGAAGAAGAGCGCCCUGGAGCCCUCCUCGUCCUCGCAGCGUGUAGGGGGCUCUGGCGGAGAGCGGGCAGCCUCUGAGACUGAGGACGACGAGUACAACAAGCCCCUGGACCCCGACUCAGAUGACGAGAAGAUCCGGCUGCUGCUGAGGAAGCACCGCGCAGCCUUCUCGGUGCUGGGCUUGGGCACGCACAGUGGCUGA